CAUAUAUUCACAAUUUGUAGGUAGUACAAGAACUGAAAAAUAAUUUUUGGUUGCCAGUAUACCUGUAGUCGUUGCACUGAUCAGUCGAUAGUUUUGUGAUAAAUUAUUUCUCAAGUGAAUUAAAUUAUUAACCAUGGGACGUGAUUCUAGAAAGGUUUCAAGAGAACUUCGGAGUUCUGAAAAAAUUAAUAAGUCGCGUUCAGUCAAAAGAAAGAAUGUUUUUAAUCCGAAAACAGCCGAACGUGAUGAAAGUAUUCAGAGUACAUCUUCUAAAAAAUUAAAACAAAACACUGAAGAUGAUGUACCUGAAGACAGCAGUACUGAAUUUCGAAUAAUAAAUUUUAUUCAGGUAUUCACUGCAAUUUCUGCUCUUAUAAAAUGUAAAAAAUGUGAUGGAAAUGUAGUGUUUCAAACAGCAAGUACACGUGGGCUGGGAUUCAAAAUUGUAGUUGCAUGUAAUAACUGUGGAAAUGAAUAUAUUCCUUCCUGUUGAAAAUAUGAAAUCUGCUAUAAUGGCAACCUUUUAUCACUACGGCUCGAGUGAUGAAAAACCGAAUCAUGAUAUGUGUCCAAAAGGCGAAGAAUCUUGGUGCUCUUACCAGCGCGCUGAAGCAAGAGGAGAGCUUGAUACCUUUUCUCACGAUUAUUCUCCUUUACCUUCUGAUGUUUUAAAAGCUAUCAAGCCUAUAUACGAAGAUCUUAGUAAUGAAAAUUUACUUUCAAGAUGUGUAGGUGGAUUCAAUCAGAAUAAUAAUGAAAGCUUUAACCAACUAGUAUGGAAAAUAUGCCCAAAAACGGUAAAUACUAGUUUUACUAUCGUACAAAUAGCUGCAUACGUUGCUAUGUGUAUAUUUAAUGAGGGUAUAAAUUCAUUAUUAGUCUUGAUGAAUACACUAGGACUUAAUUGUGGGCCUAAUUCUCAUCGGUAUGCAGAAAGAAUGGAUGCUGCACGUAUCAAAGUAGCAGAUAAGCGCGCUAAUGAUAACACCCGAGAAGGUCGAUUGCAACGUAGGCACCAGCAAAUCGAUAUUUUGGAAGCUGCUAUGUCGGCUGAAGAGCUAUUAUAUGGUCCAGGAAUAGAUGACUCAGUAUGAAUCUCCAAGGACUUAUGAUGAUCACCGCAAAGGACUUCGGGAGGAACGGGCUCUACAAAAACAGCGAUAACUUUUUGAAUUAUUAAUUUUUUUUUUUGAAAUUUUCGUGAAGUCAAAUCGAAACGUGUUCUAAUAAAGCUAUGUUUUUAUUUUUGUCAAAUAAAGUAAUUAACUACAAAAAAAAAAUUAUUGAAAAUCAUCAUUUUUUCAUACCCCUGAG